UGGCCGGGAGGGGGGGUACUUCCGCCUCUGCGGAUGCGGGUGCGCUCACCCGUAGUCGAAGAAUAGCUUUCUUGUGCCGGUGCUCUUGUCAGUCGCAUGGAAGUGUAGCAUCGAGACAGUGUCGUUCUGUCUACAAAAGCAUCUGCCCUUUGGUCAUACGAGCGGGGACUCUGUCAUGCCGAACUCGCGGCCCAGGCCCCACCGGGGCGCCGGGGAUGGCGCCGGAGCAGCCGGCCGGGACGAGCUGGUGUCACGGUCCUUGCAGAGCGCAGAACACUGUCUGCGAGCUCAGGACUUCGGCACAGCCUAUGCUCAUUACCUCCUCGUGCUCAGCCUGGCACCGGAGCUGAAAGACGACGUGAAGGAAACUUUUCAGUAUACACUCUUCAGAUGGGCUGAAGAGCUUGAUGCUCUCAGUCGAAUACAAGACUUACUUGGUUGCUAUGAACAGGCCUUGGAACUGUUUCCUGAUGAUGAAGUGAUUUGCAAUAGUAUGGGGGAGCAUCUCUUCAGAAUGGGCUUUAGAGAUGAAGCAGCUGGGUAUUUUCAUAAAGCAGUGAAGCUAAACCCUGAUUUCAAUGAUGCAAAGGAGAAUUUUUAUCGUGUUGCAAACUGGUUGGUGGAACGCUGGCACUUUAUCAUGCUUAAUGACACCAAGAGGAAUAUGGUUUAUAAUGCAGCAAUCCAAAAGGCGGUUAGUUCUGGGUCCAGAAGUGUUUUGGACAUUGGGGCAGGAACUGGAAUACUAAGCAUGUUUGCUAGAAAAGCUGGAGCAAACUUGGUGUAUGCCUGUGAGUUAUCCAAGACCAUGUAUGAACUUGCCUGUGAUGUGGUGGCAGCAAACAAGAUGGAAGCAGAGAUCAAACUCUUACAUAUGAAGUCACUUGACAUAGAAAUUCCAAAACACAUUCCUGAAAGAGUGUCCCUAGUUGUAACAGAAACUGUCGAUGCAGGUUUAUUUGGAGAAGGAAUUGUGGAGAGUUUGAUUCACGCAUGGGAGCAUUUACUUUUGCAGCCAAAGACCAAAGGUGAAAAUGGUAAUUGUGAAAAGUAUGGGAAAGUUAUACCAGCAAGUGCUGUUGUAUUUGGGAUGGCAGUAGAAUGUGCAGAGAUAAGAAAACAUCAUAGAGUGGGUAUUAAGGACAUUGCUGGUGUCCAUUUUCCAUCAAAUGUGAAAUUUCAGAGUCCAGCUUAUUCUUCUGCAGAUACUGAAGAAACAGUUGAACCUUAUACAACUGAAAAGAUGAGUCGAGUUCCAGGAGGAUAUUUGGGUUUGACUGAGUGCUUUGAAAUUAUGACAGUAGAUUUCAAUAAUCUUCAGGAAUUAAAAAGUCUUGCAACUAAAAAGCCUGGUAAGAUUGGUAUUCCUGUUAUUAAAGAAGGCAUACUAGAUGCUAUUGUGGUUUGGUUUGUGCUCCAUCUUGAUGAUGAACACAGUUUAUCCACAAGUCCUAGUGAGGAAACAUGUUGGGAACAGGCUGUCUACCCUGUACAGGACCUUGCAGACUACUGUAUAAAGCCUGGAGACCAUGUGAUGAUGGAAGUGUCUUGUCAAGAUUGUUACUUAAGAAUCCAGAAUAUCAAUUUCUUGGGUUUGGAACAUGAAAUGGAUGUUGCGAAAAGUUUUACGAAGAGUAAAGACUUACUGUCUUUAAGAAAUGAGGCUGAACUCUGUAGUGCCCUGGCUAACCUUCAGACCAGUAAACCAGAUGCUGUUGAGCAGACGUGUGUAUUGGAAUCCACGGAAAUUGCUUUGCUUAAUAACAUUCCAUAUCACGAAAGCUUUAAAAUGGCAAUGAGUAAAGUGUUUUCUUCAUUGGUCCCAGAGAAACUGUGUCAGGCCAUAGAUACUGAGUGUCAGAAUAAUAACAUGAGCUCUGAAACUGGACAGAAUAGUACUGUACAGAGUUCCCCUGAACCUUUCUACGUGUUAGAUGUGUCCGAAGGCUUCUCUAUUCUGCCUAUAAUUGCUGGCACACUUGGGCAGGUUAAACCUUAUAGUUCUGUGGAGAAAGACCAGCAUCGUAUCACUCUGGACAUCAUAUCUGAAGCCAAUCACUUUCCUAAAGAAACACUUGAAUUUUGGCUGAGACAUGUGGAGGAUGAAUCUGCCAUGCUGCAAAGGCCAAAAUCAGACAAGUUGUGGAGCAUAAUUAUAUUGGAUGUCAUUGAGCCAUCUGGGCUCAUUCAGCAGGAAAUAAUGGAAAAAGCUGCAAUAUCUAGGUGUUUACUACAAUCUGGAGGCAAGAUCUUUCCUCAGUAUGUGCUGAUGUUUGGAUUGCUUGUGGAAUCACAGACACUGGUAGAAGAGAGUGCUGUUCAAGGAACAGAAUGUACUCUUGGAUUAAAUAUAGCACCUUUUAUUAACCAGUUUCAGGUACCUAUACGUGUGUUUUUGGACCUAUCCUCAUUGCCCUGUAUACCUUUAAGCAAGCCAGUGGAACUCUUAAGACUAGAUUUAAUGACUCCGUAUUUGAACACCUCUAACAGAGAAGUAAAGGUACACAUUUGUAAAUCUGGACAAGUGACUGCUAUUCCAUUUUGGUAUCAUAUGUACCUUGAUGAAGAGAUUAGGUUGGAUACUUCAAGUGAAGCCUCUCACUGGAAACAAGCUGCAGUUGUUUUAGACAAUCCCAUCCAGGUUGAAAUGGGAGAGGAACUCGUACUCAGCGUUCAGCACCACAAAAGCAAUGUCAGCAUCACAGUAAAGCAAUGAAGAGUAGUUUUCAUUAUAAAUACAAAAUUCUUGUCUGAAUUAGUGGGGUUGUAAUCAUAAAAUAGGUGUAUAAAAUUUUAAUUGCUUGUAAUGGUCAAAUAUAUUAAAAACUUUACAUUA